AAGCAGCUUCGCCUCCACUACUGCUCUAGAACUAGCUCGUCAGACUUUGUUUUCCUUUUUUCAAACUCUGGAAAAAAGCAGCGAUCAGACACGCCCGAGUCAUGGCCGACGAGAAUGGGCGCGGGCGAGGGGACGGCGAGGGGGCCAGAGACAAGGGCAAGGGCAAGGGCAAGAGCAAGGACACGGACACGGACACGGGCAAGGGCCGACAGGCGGGCGGCGGGCUGCUCUCGAGCGUCGCGUCGGCGGGCGCUGGCGGCAUGCCGGGCGAGCUUGCGCGGAUGCUGGCCUCGCAGGGCAAGGCUUCCUCAGUGGGGUCAGGAGCAGGAGCAGCAGGGGCAUCAGGAGGCAUGGCGGGGGCAUACAUUGACGAUGCGAGGGCUGCCGCGGCGGGGGCCAUUUCCUCGCGCUCGUCGGCAUCCACGACGGGCUUCCGGUCCGCGCAAGAGGCUUCCUCGGGCGCGAGUGCGAGUGCGAGUGCAGGCGCGGGUGAGCGGUCGUACGCGGGCUUUGCUGCGCCGCCGGCCAUGGCGACGGCGGGGAGCGCGUUCCUUGGGCAGGCCGACGCCCACGUGGGGCCCUACUCGUCGGCGUCGGACCUCGAUGUGCACCUCCACGACUACGUCCGGCGCUCCUCGCAGCAGCAGCAGCAGCAGUGGGACGAUCACGGGAACGAGGCCGAGCUCGAGGGCGCCUGGCGCGAUGCAAGGCAGCCGCAGCAGCAGCGACGGCAGGGCUUUGACCCCAUGACAAUGCUUGACGUCGAGAGCGAGGACCAGCACGAGUUUGCGCAAGACGACUUUAUCGCUGCGCUCGAGCGCGAGGAGCGAGAGCUGCCGCCACAGGCACUGACACCGCUGCAGCAGUUGGGCCAGGGAGGACAACAGCAACAACGACAAGCUGGUGCAGAGGUAGGGACGACGACAGAAGCCCUCGGCAGCGUGCUUCCCGCCGGCGUGCCCCUCGUCGACCGCUGGACGGCCGACGGGCAGGGCAUCACGCGGGAGCAGUACGAGAUGCAUCGCCGGCUCCAUCUUGCCCAGCGUGGGGCUCUUUCCACCGGGACACAAGGCCAAAGCAACGACAGCAUAGACGAGGAGGCACAGCGGCGGGCAGACGAGGCCGUCAAGCCGCCCGACGACGACGAGGUGGCGCAGACGGGCGUGUAUGCACCCACCGUCGAGCUCGCCUUCUCGGCCAUCUGGGACGGCGAGGCAGAGGGCCAGCGCGCCCUCGAGCGUCUCCGUGCCGCCUCGGUCGAGGAGGCCCAUGCGCGCCAGCAAGAGGCGCGCUCGUCGUCGUCUACAUCACAGCCGUCAUCAUCGCACUUGCAGCGCGAAAAGGCCAGACGGCUCGCGGCGCGGCUGCGCGCAUGGGUCGCACGCGGUUCGUACGUCGACGACGUCUACGGCCUCCCGCCCGAGCUGGACAAGACACUGCGCGACGCCGAAGGGCCCGAAGAAGGAAUAGAAGAGGAGGAAGACGAGGGGGCCAAGGAGAAGCGCGCCAAGGCCAUCCGCAGGCUCGAGGCGCUCCAGCAGCACCUCGUCGGCGCCGCAGAGGGCGCCACGGGCACGCCGCGCGUAAGCCUCGACGACGUCGAGCGCUUUCUGCGCGAGCGGCGGUGAUUUGCAUUCAAUGUAGCAGUAGAAGAGACUCAUCCCAUAGACCUUGCGAUCGUGUCGCGGCGGCUGAAAAUGCCGCGACCGGCGGGAAGGGUAAAUGCAACGACGCUAAGAGAGAACGCGGUUCCUAGAUGAGCGCUGCAUGACUCGAUGGCUGUCUUUCUUCUCUGUUCUCCACGACGGCUGAUCCUCCAACAUGACGCAGCAGACACUCACGCCGCAGACCGCA